AUGAUUAACGAUAUAAUUUUCGUAUUAUCAAUAUUCACAUGCAUUUCUCUGGGAAGUUAUUACAGAAAAAUCGAGGACUUGGAGACGAAACGAAACUAUGGGGCGGGACUUGGAAUUCUCACGGCUUGUCUGAUUUGCGGGUACCAAAUUUACCAUUCAGUGUUAAUUGUCUGGGGAAACGUUAUUAUUAUUAAAUGCGGUGAUAAACGUUAUGUACAUCAACUGAGCUUGGCUUACACAUGGACAUAUCUCUUCUACUUGUACUACAAUGUUGUGACAACGCAAUACGUGCUAUGGCUAAACCAGGCUAUGGCUCUUAAGCUGGUCGGUUUAGCUUUCGAAGUCAACCACCAUGAUAAAGCGACCAAUCCUAACCGGCAAACUUUAUCAAGCGCUAAGUUAUCCGUGGGGGAUAAUGAAGUGAUUACAUCGGAGCCAACUGCUAUUGAUAUUAUAACGUAUACUUUCUUUUUCAUCGGAAUUCAUAAAGGUCCGUACUACAGAUGGAAAACAUUCGAAGCUCAUUUCAAUCAACCUUUUGCUACAUUGGGCGAUUGCAGGGUUAUAACUUUACAGAAACUGAAGAAGGCAGGCUUGUGUGCUUUGGGAUACAUAUUAUUAAGUUUGAGAUAUUCUCCCCAAAUUUACGACGACAGCAGUUUUUAUAGAAAUCACAACACGGACUAUCGCUUCGUAUACAACAUUCCGCUCCUAGCGAUGUUCUUCUUCUAUAGUCAGAUGCUCAUGGCUCUUUGUACGGCAGUGUGCACGGAGGCCGGCUUUGGGAUUUAUCCGGCCAGGUGUACGCCUCUACCCGGACAUGGUCCUUCGGAGCAUCCGAGUUUUCUCAACAUCGCAACCCCGGAAAUGGCAUUGGCUGAAGAAUAUAAUUUUGGAAUGCUCAAAUGUUUUGAGAACAACAAAUUACUGUUGGGUCCUAGGAUGAAAGAUACUUUGCGAAGUUGGGAAAUGCCUACAAUUUAUUGGUUCUGGUUUUAUGUGUACAAAAACAUAACGAAAACCAAUAAGGAAAUAAGGAGCGCUUGUUCAUACCUUCUGUGGACGUUGUGGUGCGGGCCUGACCUACAGCAUUUCAUCUUGUCAGCCACGCUUUGGGUCUAUGUUAAUUUGGAGCAAGAAUACAAUGGUCUUUUCAAUACUGGAGGGCAGAUGAAACGCCUGCCCUGGGAGGUGGGAUUCUCGAUCAUGCGCCUGCUGUGCAUCAUCUACCUAUUUCCUUGCCUCGUAAUCACGGACACGACUGUCUUCCUCAAAUAUUACAACUCUAUAUACUGGAUAUACCACUGGUUCCUGCUUGGUUCCAUUGUAUUCGCUAUUAUUUUGCAUAAAAUGAUCCGUUGAUUUUUAUAUAUUUUUAACUUUUGGAACUAUAAACUUUUUUUUCUAUAAUAUUGCUCGUUUUUAUUUUAACUUCAUUGUGCUUGUG